CAUGGCGGCAGUUUGGUUAUAAAUACUUCAGCUUUGUCUUUCAUGAAAAUCUGCUUCUUUAAAUUUUUUUUCAGGAGUCAUCUCUUGAAAAUCGAGCCCAAARGAUCUGUAUUUAUGUUAAGAUGUACAGAUUUGCCUAACGYUGUUGYACUUUAAUCGCUUGAUUUUUUUGAAUAUAACCAUGGCGGACGAAACWAAUGAAGAAGUUGAAACUUGUGACUUCAAUGGCGCUCAAGUUACGCUUCCUAUUGAUUUGAUAGAAUCGCCUGAAAUCUUCUCAAGAAUCAUCAGUUUUGAUACGUGGAACAAUGUCCUGACGSCAGAAAAUCGAAAAUAUUUAGAGCAAUUUCUUCCUCAAUUGCCCACAGAUUAUCCUCAUGCCCAGGAAGAUAAUCUCAGAGCACUAUUUGAUGGGGAUAAUUUUAAAUUUGGAAAUCCAGUUCAAGAUUUCCAUUGUAAAUUAAAAGAUGGCUACUUUUACCCUGAUGUUGUYAAGUACAAGAAACUUUGCAAUAAGGCAAAGAAAAAAGAGUACAAGCUACAACUGCAAAACUACUACAGAAAAUUACUUCAAGAAAUCAUUGUUUCAAGACAGGAAAUCUUGGAUCAAGUUAGCAGGCAAGGACCAAAUGAUCCAAUCCAUACAAGAGGAAAAGUGGUUUCAGAGAAUGGUUCGUCUGUAGAACAACGUGUGUAUUCAAGAUUUCAAAAAAUUAUUCAUGAAUGCAAACAAGAAAGUGAGGAUCAUGGGAUUUCAUCAGAUGAAGAAGACAGGAUACCAAGUCACUUUGGAGGRUUAGCCUAUGGUAUACCAGGGUUUCCUGGUCCACCUGGAAUGUUUGCACCACCUGGAUACCAUCCAAUGAUACCUCCAAUACCUGGUAUGCCUUAYGGGUUCCCAUUUCCCACCCAUUCUCCCCGCCAACCACUUGGUCCAGCUAAUACUGCUAUUACAGAAAAAGACUUUCAACAAAUGCUACAAAAACAUAAGAAAAGAAGAACAUUGAAUGAAGAACAUCCAGAGCUGGACACUAGAUUUACAGCAUUAUCAGAUGUUGUCUACAGAACUAAUCCAUCCAAACGACCUACUAAGACAGUCAGCAGUAAGACCAACACUGUGCAAACACCUCAAGUUGAAGUCAAUAAAAAGAAAGAUAAAAAAGCUAAAUUAAAGAGAAAACUUAAACAACRACUACAGCAGAAACAAGAAAGACAGUCACAGUCAAAGAAGCAGGAUAAGUCAUCAGAUGCUCACAUUACUCUACCACCACCUCCAGAAGGGAAGUUUUCCAGUUUCUUCACAUUGUUAAGAGAAGUGUUUUAUAGCAUGCCUGAUUAUAAAGCCAGCUUACACAAGAUUGAAGAACAAAUAAAGGCUUGGCAGAGCUCUCCAUCCUAUUCACUGAAUAUCUGGAGCCAACAACAAAGUGACUGGGCCAAAUUGGUUUAUUCCUCCCUUAUUUAUAUCUCUGGAAGUUCUGGAGUUACCCCAUCAAGCUUUGUCCCUCUGGURGAUUUCAAAGAAAGACCCCAACAGUGGAAGUGGAUAGGGGCUUUCCGUGACUCUGAUGAAGAAUUGGCUAUGUUAUGUCAAGAUUGGAUUCAGGUCAAGGACCAAUUUUCCAUCAAAAAGGCAACUGCAGAAGGUGGAAGUACAGUAAAUGCUCCAGAAGCAAGAGUGAAAACUGACUACGUUGUACGACCAAGCACUUGUAGUGAGCGAGAUGUAUUCAGAGAACARGAAAAGAAGCGCUAUUUGAAUCCACAUAAGGCCUAUUCAUAUAGAAUGCAUGGUUUUGAGUCUGUGGUAGGACCAGUAAAGGGUGUGUUUUCCAAAGAAACAAAUCUAAAUAAGGCACGGGAACAUUCUCUACUAAUUUCAAAUCGCCCACCAUUCGUGACGAUUUUGACUCUUGUGCGAGAUGCAGCAGCAAGACUCCCUAAUGGAGAGGGAACCAGAGCAGAGGUCUGUGAACUUCUUAAAGAUUCACAGUUCUUAAAUCCAGAUGCAACUGAUGCUCAGAUUCAUACAGUUGUCAGCGGUGCACUUGAUCGACUGCACUACGAAAAAGACCCUUGUGUAAAAUACGACAGCAACAGAAAAGUCUGGAUAUAUUUGCAUAGAAACAGAACUGAAGAAGAAUUUGAAAAAAUUCAUCAAGCAAAUGCUGCUGCAGCAAGAGCAAAGAAACUCCAAAAACCUAGAGUUCCUCGUCAGGCCAAAACUAAAGAAGACAAUUCUCUGUUAGUCUCAGAGACAGUAGAUCCYAGUGCUGCUAAAGCAGUACCAUCACCACAAUCCCAACAACCAGUCACUAAACCASUUGAAAUGAARAAAMCAGGAAUUAAGAUUAAGAUAGCAGGAGGAACAACAAGUGACCAUCCUAAAGUGUCUGUGAUAACAUCUUUACAAGUGAAUAAAAAGCUAACCCAACCUUCAAACACAGAAACCAAAACUGCAACAGUUCCUUCUCAGCCAUCAUCAUUGAUURCCCAGACACAGUCAGGUGCUAAGUCUAAACUGAACACUGCUGGGUCAAGCUCCAAGUCUCCCACAGGUAUUCCUUCRCCUGGUCAACGAUUCACAAGUGCRCUAAACUCRGCUAAUGUCUCAGUGCCACAAUCUGAAAGUGAGCAGGUUGCAGCUGAGUCAUGUGAUAGAAGUGGAAGUGAAGUUUCCAGUAGCAACAGUGAGAAUGAGAGUAGUAGUGGAAAUGAAAGUAGUAGUGAUGACGAAUCAGUGGGAGAACGAACUGGGGGCAAAACUAAACAAGGAAUGGAACCUUUUCAUGAUGAAAGAUUGGCAAUGCAGACAGGAAGCAAUCACUUGCCAUUACCWGAACAAAACAGUCAGCAGUCAUUAGGAUAUACUUCGAUUGGAGGAGCAUCUUUGAUUAAGGAUGGAAAUGAAUCAGAUGAAGAACAAGACGAGUCUACAAUGAGUGAUGGUUCAGGAAGUGGUAGCGAAUCAAGCAAUGAAGACUGAUUUAACUAAAUAUAAGAAAAUGUACUAAAGAAAUGUAAUCUGUACAAUAAAAUAUUAUUGUUUAACAGUU